AUGGCUAGAAACAAGAAGGGAGCUCCCGCGCCCCGUGGCGCAAAGAACACCAGGGGCGGCCGAGGAGGUCGUGGGGGAAGAGGAUCUUUUCGCGGUCGUGGAAAUUAUUCAUCUACGCCACCGCGAGUCAAUUUUAUCAGAGACGAGAGUGUUGGAUUUACACUCGCCGACGAAGCCCGCUCGACCUCGCAACAUGAUCACUCAGCUUGGGGAAAUUCUAGCUUGCGGUUACGGCCAGUCACAUUCGUGAGCGCUGGCCCUAGUGAACCGCUGAAGUUGCUCGAGGACAUCAUCGACGAAGGGAACGAAGAGCCAGAAACGACCGAGAUAAAUCAAUCAGCCGAAGAAGAAGCCGACGCCUACAGCGAGCAAGAGGACGCCGAUGGAAGCGGAGAGGAUGAGUUCAUAGGACCAGAUGAUCUAGAGGAAGCACUCCAAACAAAAGACAUCCCCAAAGAUGACACACCUGAUGCGCCAUGUUUUUUCUUCGAUCUGAAAGGGGAUCAGUCACAGGAGAGAGGAGGUAAACCAACCGUGGAGAUACCCGACCGACCUUCCUCGAGAAGCAGCACCUCGAGCGACGAGGUUAUACUUUUCAAGGGUCGAGGCGCCCCAAGAAAGCCUGAGCCUGUACCACAGCCUGCACCUGAACCUGUUAUCAACAUGAUGCAGAUGCAAGCAGAAAUUCGAGUCGUUGAACAAGCUAUCACCACCGAGCCUAUACCAUUGGCACCAUCGCCAGCACCCGAGCUACCCACAGAACCAGCGCGGAAUAAGAGGGCUACGAAGAAGGAAAAGAAGCAGAAGGAGCGUGAGAAGCGCAAAGAAGUCGAUCGCGUGAAAGAAGAAGAGGAUGCCAUCCUUGCCGACUACAUUGCGAAUCUGAAAGAGAACACUGAUGUGGACGAGUACUUUAAAGAAUUGAUUCAAGGGGGGAUGGUAUCUGAUGAUGAUAGCGAGAUGUCUACACCGUUCGACGCCAACGACGACGACCAGAACGAACCCGACGGGGAUGAGUCGGACGCAGAGUCAGAGGAGGAUCUCGAAGCCGCGAACAAAGACGACAUGCCCAGCGAGAUUGACGAUGAGACACUGGCUAGAUUGAUUGCUGGCCACGAGUUGGGCUAUGACCUUGGGAUGGAUGAUGUAAAUUUUGGAGAUUCUCUGAGUGACUCAGAUUCGGAAUUCGAUGAGUCCACCAAGAAGGCAAAAGCGCAACAAAUGCUCGUUGACGACUUCGACGUGAUGGACUGGGAUCGUCCCAGUCUGCGCACACGCAAGGGCAAGGGAGCAAGAGCUCAAAUCAACUUCAAUCUAUCUGAUUCCGAACUGGAAGCAACGCUUCAAGCGAGCUGGAAGACCGAUCGCCUUAAGAAGUCGGAGCGCAAGAGACAGAGAGAGGAGAUGCGUGCCCUCGGCAUGCUGGGCAAAAAGGCCAAUCCCGAUGAUCUUCGCGUCAAAUAUCCAGAUGGAAUGAAUAUGGAACAAGUUGGAGAUGAAAUGCGAACAUUUAUGAUCAGUGGCGACGACCAGCUCAUCUUGCCCCCGAUGGACAACCAUGCUCGCAAAAUAAUACACGAGCUGGCGAACAAGUUCAAGAUCAAGUCCAAGUCGAUAGGUAAAGGUGACCAACGAAGACCGACGCUAUAUCGAACUGGACGCACACUCCCUUUUGUUGAAGCAACAUUCGACCAGGCCUUUAACCGUGUCAAUCGGAAAUAUCUCCCACGUCUAGAUAAAAAAGGUAAGAAAGGCAAGCGACUGCCGCCGGUUCGCGGCGGGACCUCUGUCGCAGCUGCCACAUACCAGGAUGGUGAAGUUGUCGGCGGCGCAGCACCCGAACUUGGUGUUGAGAAUCGUGGAAGAGCCAUGUUGGAGAAAAUGGGUUGGAGUAUGGGAACGGCGCUGGGCGCAACGGAUAACAAAGGCAUCAUGCAGCCUGUGACGCAGACAAUGAAGCGAUCCAAGGCUGGUCUGGGUUAG